AUGGCGAUAGGAGGAAUGGUGGUUUCACAUGUGGGAAGGAACUAUGAAGGCAGUGGCCUCAAUGCCUUUGUGGUGGUCACUUGUUUGGUUGCUGCAAUGGGAGGUCUCAUCUUCGGCUAUGACCUUGGAAUCUCAGGAGGAGUUACUUCAAUGGAAUCUUUCCUCAAGAGGUUUUUCCCAUCUGUAUUCAGAAAAAUGAACGACGAAACGAUUCAGCAAAACGAGUACUGCAAAUUCGAUAGCGAGUUACUGACAUUGUUCACUUCUUCCCUCUACCUAGCAGCAUUGGCAGCCUCAUUCGUUGCUUCAGUUAUAACCAGGUCCUUUGGCAGAAAAGUGUCCAUGCUUAUUGGAGGAGUGGUCUUCUUUUUAGGCUCUAUACUAAAUGGUGCUGCUUCAAACAUUGAAAUGCUCAUUAUUGGUCGCCUAUUGCUUGGUAUAGGUGUUGGUUUCGCCAAUCAGUCAGUCCCACUCUACCUAUCAGAAAUGGCACCAGCAAAGAUCAGAGGAGCUCUCAACAUAGGAUUCCAAAUGGCCAUAACCAUUGGUAUCUUAGCAGCCAACUUUGUCAACUACGGCACAGCUCAGAUAAAGGGUGGUUGGGGAUGGAGAGUCUCGCUAGGACUCGCCGCCGUCCCGGCCGUGAUGUUGACGGUCGGAGCUAUCUUCUUGCCUGACACUCCCAACUCCAUCCUCGAACGAGGCCACCAUGAAGAGGCCAAGAGAAUGCUGCAAAGAGUCCGUGAUGCCACCAACGUCGACGACGAGUUUCAAGACCUCGUCGACGCCUGCGAAGCCUCGAAGAAGAUCCAAAAUCCAUGGAAGAACAUCAUGUUGCCUCAGUACAGGCCCCAACUCACCAUUUGUAUCUUGAUCCCUUUCUUCCAGCAGCUCACUGGCAUCAAUGUCAUCAUGUUCUAUGCUCCGGUGCUUUUCAAGACUCUGGGGUUUGGUGACAAUGCUUCUCUCAUAUCUUCUGCCAUUACUGGCGUUGUUAAUGUCCUUGCCACCAUAGUCUCCAUUGUUUCCGUCGACCGGUUUGGAAGGAGAGUUUUGUUCCUUGAAGGUGGCACACAAAUGGUUGUUUGCCAGAUUGCUGUAGCAAUUCUGAUAGGAUUGAACUUUGGGGUAUCUGGAGAAGGAGUGCUGACCAAACCAGAAGCCGAUCUUCUACUGGUGUUGAUUUGUGGAUACGUAGCAGCAUUUGCAUGGUCAUGGGGUCCAUUGGGUUGGCUAGUACCAAGUGAGAUAUGUCCAUUAGAGAUUAGAUCAGCAGCUCAAGCCAUAAACGUCUCAGUCAACAUGUUUUUCACCUUCAUAAUAGCUCAAGUCUUCCUAUCCAUGCUUUGCCACAUGAAGUUCGGCCUUUUCUUCUUCUUUGCUGGGUUUGUGAUCAUCAUGACUGUGUUCAUCUACUUCUUCUUACCAGAGACCAAAAAUGUCCCCAUUGAAGAGAUGAACAGAGUGUGGAAAGCUCACUGGUUUUGGGGCAAGUACAUACCUGAUGAGGCCGUAAUAGGAGGCCACCAUGAUUCUACAACAACAGAUGAUGAUUAUAAUAAGCCAGCCAACAAUGCCGUGUGAAGACCUUACUCAAGAUUUUGUAGUGAAAUGUUCAUUUUGGUGUUUUGUUAUGAUCCAUAGCAAAAUUUUAUUGCAAUUUUUUUUUAAAAAAAAAAGAAA